CUUUCACGAGUUAACCUGCAUCGUGUUCCUACGACAUAUUCUCAACACUCUAUCACAUUUCACUCUUUUCAAUAGCUUUUUUUGCUAUUUCGAAUUUUGUUUACGUCGGAUGCGUUUUCUUUUUUAUUCGGAAGAUUUCUAGUUUAUUGUAUUGUGCUAAAAAUCCACGAUCAUGUCGUCGAUUACAUUGAAAGAUGUUGACCAACACAAAUUCGUUGCUUCAUUCUCCGCAUUCUUAAAGAAGAGCGGUAAGUUGAAGGCCCCUGAAUGGGUUGACUUGGUAAAAAAUGGUAAAUUCAACGAAUUGGCACCUUAUGAUGAAGACUGGUAUUAUACUAGAUGUGCUGCCACAUUGAGACACAUUUACUUCAGGUCGCCAGUUGGUGUUGGAUCCCUGACCAAAAUCUUUGGAGCUCGCAAACGUAAUGGAGUGAGACCAUCCCAUUUCUGUCGCAGUUCUUCUGGUAUUGCACGUAAAGUACUACAAUCUUUAGAACAAAUGAAACUCAUUGAGAAAGUUGAAAACAACAAUGGUCGUCGAUUGACCUCUCAGGGUAGGCGAGAUUUAGACCGUAUUGCUGCUCAAGUCAAACAAGCAAAGAAGAAGAAGCAAGCACUUUUGGCCGCUGAAUCAGCCGGAUUCUCUGUGCUUAUUCCAAAAACUGACUAAGAAUUGAGUUUACUAUUGUAUAAGACCGAUACAUCCUUGAAAAGUAAUAAAAUACUUUUAAAAAAUA